AUGGGCCCCUGGUAUAUUAUUGGGGCCCUCCUACUGCUAUCGGCAAGAGCGGGGGACUCCACAAAUAAAAUCAUAAUACCGCAACAAAUUGGCAGCAAUAUCGUCAACACAAAUGUCGCCAACGGCAUGCAUCAUCAUAUUACAAAAACCUCUAUUACAACGACCGGCAACAAAGGCACCGUUGUCAGUGGCAAUGGGGUCAUAGUGGCAGGCGGUUCAAUGCAUGGUUCAAUGGGACCAUCAUCCUCGCUAAAUACGGUCGUCGAAGAACCCGAAUUUACUGAAUACAUUGAAAAUGUUACGGUACCUGCUGGACGUAAUAUUAAAUUGGCCUGUUCUGUUAAAAAUCUAGGAUCAUAUAAGGUGGCCUGGAUGCACUUCGAACAGUCGGCCAUAUUGACGGUGCACAAUCAUGUGAUAACGCGUAAUCCACGCAUUAGUGUGACACACGAUAAACAUGACCGUCAUCGCACCUGGUAUUUACACAUCAACAAUGUGCAGGAAGAGGACAAGGGCCGCUAUAUGUGCCAAAUCAAUACGGUUACAGCCAAAACACAAUUUGGCUAUUUAAAUGUGGUUGUUCCUCCCAAUAUAGAUGACUCGUUGAGUUCGAGUGAUGUGAUUGUUAGAGAAGGCUCAAAUAUUUCAUUACGCUGUCGUGCUAGUGGCAGUCCAAAGCCAGUCAUUAAAUGGAAAAGGGAUGAUAACUCAAGAAUUACAAUUAGUAGAAAUCAUAUUGUAAAUGAAUGGGAAGGUGAUACUUUGGAAAUUACACGAAUAUCACGCUUAGAUAUGGGUGCCUAUUUGUGUAUUGCAACGAAUGGAGUGCCACCAACGGUUUCAAAACGCAUCAAAGUCAGUGUAGAUUUCCCUCCCAUGCUGUUGAUACCACAUCAAUUGGUGGGUGCCCCUGAAGGUUUCAAUGUUACAAUCGAAUGCUUUACCGAGGCUCAUCCUACCUCUUUGAAUUAUUGGACUAGAGGCGAAGGACCAAUUAUACAUGAUUCCAGUAAAUACAAAGUGGAAGCUAGCAUUGGUGUGCCUGUUUAUAAGACCCAUAUGAAAUUGACUAUUUUAAAUGUGGGCAGCGGUGAUGAUGGCAUCUACAAAUGUGUGGCCAAAAAUCCUCGCGGUGAAACAGACGGCAUCAUAAGACUUUAUGUUUCCUAUCCACCCACCACGGCACCUACGGGCAAUUAUCUAACCGAUUCCAGCAGAUGGGACAAUAACUACAGCUCAGAUUUAACACAUAAAAAUAAUCAACAUAAUUCAAAUAAAAAUAAAACCGGCUUAAACAGUUUGAAUGCCGCCAAUGAUGUCUAUGGCCUGCCCGGUCAAGGUGAAGAACUGUCUAGCAGAGCUGCUUACUUUAGGCAAACACAGCUUUUCUCUCUGCUGCUAAUAAUGCUACAAAUAAUUUUACACUUAAGACGUUUUAUAUAA